AUGUGGAUAUUCAGAAGCCUUGCUCGAAGGCAAUUUAAGUGGUCAGUUAAAAACAUUGCUAAGCAUGCCGUUGACAAAGACCAUGCGAUGAUCACGUUGCCAGACAUGCCCCACAAGAAUAGCCUCUCCAGUCAUCGAAGGGAAGCCAAGGGCGGAACGAGUCAACCUCCUGCUCCGAAUGCUAACAAUACUAGGAACAUCACCAACAGCAAGAAAAGAUCAACAGUAACAACAAACAUGAUGGGCCGAAGUGAGCAGAUGAUGGCUGAGAGGACGCUAUUGAUUUCCAUGACGCUCUCGUGCCCAAUGAACCUCAAGCUGUACCCGCUCGACACGCAGGUCUGCCUGCUGCUCAUGGCGUCGUACGGCUGGACGACCGAUGACCUGCUGUUCCUGUGGGAGGAUAACGAGCCGAUCCAGGUGACCAAGAACCUCUACCUGCCGCGCUUCACGCUCGAGCACUUCGUCCCCGCCUACUGCAACAGCAAAACCAACACAGGCGAGUACAGCUGUCUCCAGGUGAACCUGAUCUUCAAGCGCGAGUUCUCCUACUACCUGAUCCAGUACUACAUCCCCUGCUGCAUGCUGGUCAUCGUGUCGUGGGUGUCGUUCUGGCUCGACCAGUACGCCGUGCCCGCCCGUGUCGCGCUCGGCGUCACUACCCUGCUCACCAUGUCCACCCAGACCGCCGGCAUCAACCAGUCUCUGCCUCCCGUCUCCUACACUAAGGCCAUUGACGUGUGGACGGGCGUGUGUCUCACCUUCGUGUUCGGGGCGCUGCUGGAGUUUGCGCUCGUCAACUACGCAUCGCGCUCAGACUUCCAGCGGAAGAAGCAGCGACGCCACUGGGAGAUGGAGUCCCAAGCAGCCUACGAUGCCUCCGUCAUGGAGAACGGCUUUCCCGCUUUCGCCAUGAGGCCGCUGGUACCGCCCUUCCGCGACGGCGGGCCGGCGCACCUGCGCUCGUGCGAGGUGCACCUGCAGGGCGCCCCGACCAACUGCUUCCAGACGUGGCUGGCCAAGUUCUCCACCCGCAGCAAGCGCAUCGACGUCAUUGCCCGCAUCACCUUCCCGCUGGUGUUUGCACUCUUCAACGUCGCCUACUGGAGCGCCUACCUCUUCCGGGACGACGAGAUGCAGAUCUAA